AUGGCAACAGUAACAACUCAAGCCUUCUUUGGUUUUAUGGGUGUAUCAAGCGCUUUGGUAUUCGCUAACCUUGGAGCAGCCUACGGAACAGCCAAAAGCGGUGUUGGAAUUUCAUCAAUGGGUGUAAUCAAGCCAGAACUUAUCAUGAAGUCCAUUAUCCCAGUUGUCAUGGCUGGUGUCUUAGGUAUUUAUGGACUUAUCGUUGCAGUUAUCUUAGUUCAAAAGAUUAACGACAAUGAUUACAGCUUCUAUGAUGGAUACAAGCAUUUGGCUUCAGGACUUUGUUGUGGAUUAAGCUCUCUGGCAGCUGGGAUGGCAAUAGGAAUAGUGGGAGACGCUGGAGUUAGGGCUAAUGCUCAGCAGGAUAAAAUCUUUGUAGGCAUGAUUUUGAUACUCAUCUUUGCUGAAGCCUUGGGGCUUUACGGAUUGAUUAUUGCUCUGAUCUUAUCCCAAUAA